AUGUCAACUGUCAAGGAGCAGCUAAUGGAGAAGCUAAUUGAGGAUGAUAAAAAUUCCCAGUGUAAAAUUACUAUUGUUGGAACUGGUGCCGUAGGCAUGGCUUGUGCUAUUAGCAUCUUACUGAAGGGUCUUUAUGGAAUAAAGGAUGAUGUCUUCCUUAGUGUUCCUUGCAUUUUGGGACAGAAUGGAAUCUCAGACCUUGUGAAGGUGACUCUGACUUCUGAGGAAGAGGCCCGUUUGAAGAAGAGUGCAGAUACACUUUGGGGGAUCCAAAAGGAGCUGCAAUUUUAAAGUCUUCUGAUGUCAUAUCAUUUCACUGUCUAGGCUACAACAGGAUUCUAGUUGGAGGUUGUGCAUGUUGUCCUUUUAUCUGUCUGUGAUUAAAGCAGUAAUAUUUUAAGAUGGACUGGGAAAAACAUCAGCUCCUGAAGUUAGAAAUAGGAAUGGUUUGUAAAAUCCACAGCUAUAUCGUGAUGCUGGAUGGUGUUAAUCGUGUGUAGUCCUAAACUGGUUAGUGUGAAAUAGUUCUGCCACCUCUGACACACCACUGCCAAUGCUGUACGUGCUGCAUUUGCCCCUUGAGCCAGGUGGAUGUUUACCGUGUGUUAUAUAACUUCCUGGCUCCUUCACUGAACAUGCCUAGUCCAACAUUUUUCCCAAUCAGUCACAUCCUGGGAUCCAGUGUGUAAAUCCAAUAUCAUAUGUCUUGUGCAUAAUUCUUCCAAAGGAUCUUAUUUUGUGAACUAUAUCAGUAGUGUACAUUACCAUAUAACGUAAAAAGAUCUACAUAUAAACAAUGCAACCAACUAUCCAAGUGUUAUACCAACUAAAACCCCCAAUAAACCUUGAACAGUGACUA